CCAAGUAUUCCAAGGGUCAAAAAGCAUGGCGAGUUGUGGGGUAAUCUAGAUAAAAUUACAAUGUUACUAUUUGUCUCUAGAUCUCUCGUAAAACCGUUAAGAUUAUGGCGACCAACCUGGUCAACAUGCAAAAUGGCCGGAAACAGGAAAUUCGUCGUCGGCGGUAACUGGAAGAUGAACGGCAGCAAGAGCUCCAUUGAAGAAAUCCUCAAAUUCCUAACCGCCGGUCCUCUUAACGACCAAACUGAAGUUGUCGUCGGUGUGCCAUCCAUCUACCUCGACUUCGUCAAACAGAAGGCCCCAUGCAACGUCCAAGUGGCCGCCCAGAACUGCUACAAGGUGGAGAAGGGCGCGUUCACCGGCGAAAUUUCGCCAGCCAUGCUCAAGGAUAUCGGUGUUGAAUGGGUCAUCCUUGGCCACUCCGAACGCAGGGCCAUUUUCGGUGAAUCCGACGAGUUGGUAGCCGAUAAGGUCGCCCACGCUUUGGAGAACGGACUGAAAGUCAUCGCUUGCAUCGGCGAAACUUUGCAGGAACGCGAGGCCGGAAAGACCAUGGAGGUCGUCAACCGUCAAACUAAAGCCAUCGCUGACAAAGUUAAGGACUGGUCCAACGUGGUGAUCGCUUACGAACCAGUCUGGGCCAUCGGCACCGGAAAGACGGCUACUCCAGACCAAGCACAAGAAGUGCACAAGGCUCUUAGAGAAUUCAUUUGCAGCUCCAUCAGUUCUGAUGUGGCCUCUUCCAUUAGAAUUCAAUACGGUGGUUCAGUCACAGCCGCCAACUGCAAGGAAUUGGCAAGCCAACCUGAUAUUGAUGGAUUCCUGGUCGGCGGUGCUUCACUCAAGCCAGAAUUCGUACAAAUUGUUAACGCUAGACAAUAAGUCAGAUCUAAAUGUAUAUUUUUAUUUCUACACGUUUAUUUUAUAUUAAAUUAUUUUAAUUAAACUUUGCGCGUCACAAAGUACUAAAUAAAUUAUGUUGUUAGA